CGACCAUCGAAAAUGGUGGACGUUCAGCCUCCGCCUUUGCGAAGCCUAGAUGAUUUUCUCCUGAACUCGGCCAGAUUCUCCGCGCCAGAUGUUCGCAAUUUAGAGAGAUGGAACAACCGGAUAAUUAACAACUUGCUGUACUACCAGACGAACUACUUCGUAUCCGCGUUUGCGUUGCUGCUCCUGGUCGGGUAUUUCCAGCCAUUUCAGCUUACUCUCGGGGCAGCCGUGGUGGUUCUGGUGUUUCUGGGCUUUGUGUGGGCUGCGGAGAACAAGGCUGUGAUCAGACGCUUCAGGAGAAACCACCCUUCUCUCUGUCUGGUGGCUAUCCUGGGCUCCAGCUAUCUGCUGCUCUCCGUCCUGGGAGGGGUGGCCGUCUUCCUCUUUGGCAUCACCUUCCCCAUUCUACUCAUCCUGAUCCAUGCCUCUGUGAGGCUGCGAAGCUUAAAGAAUAAACUGGAGAACAAGUUGGAGAGCAUAGGGCUGAAGAGGACACCCAUGGGCAUGCUACUGGAAGCACUAGGUCAAGAGCAAGAGGCAGGGUCAUAGUGAAUGUCCCUGACCUACAUGAAUCUUCAGCAGCCUUCCUCUACGGCCUUUCAUGAUCAACAUUAUUAGCAGUGUGUUUUUAUUAUGGUGCCAAUAUUUCCCCACAUAUUCAGGGAGGGCGUAGGGCGAGGGUGUCCAGUCUUAUCCGCAAAGGGCUGCUGUGGCUGCAAGUUUUCAUUCCAGGCAAGCAGGAGCUCACCUGACUCCACUAGUUUAAUCAAUGGCUGAGCCGUCAAAGAAAUGAUCAUGUGGUCUCCUGUUUUGUUGGAAUGUAAACCUGCAGGCACAGUGGGAUGAGAUUGGACAUCCCUGGCCGAGAGGAAACCGGAAAAAGGUUCAUGUUGGGUGGAACGUGAAUAGGAAGAAGGAGGGGAUACAUUUAAAUGAAGUAUAAUGGACUUACAAUGACUUUUCACUGAAGAUAGGAGGUGUAAAAGUAAAAGCACAUGUUAAAUGGACACCUGCAGUAAAUAUCUGAGAGGAUUUCACUGUAGGUUUUGGUUUAAUGCUUGUGAUUUUGCUGUAUUGAGGCAGUUUUACAUUCAUUGUUCAUGUUAGUGUAUCGCUUCCAAAGAUAUACUUUGUUGUAAUUGUUUUUGGUGUUCAUGAUGCACACAUACAGAUUAUGCCUCUAAGCCCAUAAUGCCUCCAUUGCGCAUUACUCUUUUACAUCAGUACCAACCUUCACCAGUUAAUGGAGAUGAAGUUUUUCUUCUCACAUGUAUUGCACUUAAUCCAACAUUACCACUUAACGCAAAUCAUGUCGUAACGUGAUUUUUCUCCUGGCAUACAGUCAGCAGUGAUGCAUAAAGUACUUCUCUAAUCAAGACACGUCACUGUUCAUGAAAAUGUUAUAGACCUUAAAUGUUGUCUUACUUUAAAUGGCUUUGAUUUGAGUUAAACACUACAAUGUUCCUUUUGAUCCUUUGAGUUGAGAUUCUUUAAUGAAGCAUUUUAUGUUAAAUUGUUUGCGUUUUUUUUUUUUUUUCUUCCAGUGUGUUUGAAAGACACAAUCUUAUUGAAUGUUCAAAAGCCAGACUGAAACUCUUUGCUAUACCUGUAAUCCUGUCUGCAUUCAGGCCUCAAUGCUGAAACAGACUGUAUAAAUACUCAAGUAUUAUCCUUUCAUACAUUAAAGACCGCAUUGUGAACACGUAAUAACUCAAAAACAGUGAAGGACAGUACAGGCGAUUAUAUUUAAAGGGGAAUUUCUCUGCUUUUUCACAGUUUCAUCCAGAGUGGUAUGAUAUGAAAUGGUUUACUGUAGAGAAACUUACAGAAUCAGAUUUUUCUUUCUUUUCAGUGGUGCUGGUCGGAACCAGGUGUGACGAUACCUGUGAUGUAAAUAUAGCCAUUUUAUUUACUCUCCAAAAUAAGCCAUGAGCCUAAAUGUGUCUUCUGUGUUUUUACAUACUCUUGAUUGUGGUAAAGUAGUGCUUAAUCUGGGAAUCUGGGUACUAUUUCUCCUUACAACACUAUGCGUAUGUUUUAAAAAUGGCCCAAACCCUGUUGCGUAGCUAUAGUGUUCUGUGAGGGAGCUUUUAGAGGCAUUAAACUGUUUCGAUGUCUGGCUCCUUUCACCACCACUGUAAAAAUGACAGUACGUUUCACAUUUCUGCUCUGAUUGGCUUACAUUUUCAGGUGUGAAUGACGCAGAAUAUUUUUAAUCUGUAGAUUUUCCCUUUAGGCUGGGAGACUUUAUUUUUGUUUUGAAUCCGAUGAACUUGAUUUUGGUGUAAGGAUAUUUUGUGCCUAUUUGUGCUCUGUUUUUGCCAAGUCUGCCUUUUGUAAGUCUGCCUAAAGAAAAAAAACAUGUUCUCUUUUGUGCAUUUUGUCAUGCAGUAUGUAUUUAAAGUUUACAGUACACGUCACCCUGUUGUGAGUUUCUUGAAUCCUUUGCAAGUGAUUGAAAAUCUACUGACCUUUCA